GGGCGUGUGCCCCGCGGCGCCCCGAGUGCCCUCCUGGGCACCCGGCGCGGCCAUGGCGCGGAGCCUCCGGAGCUGGCUGGGCGGCUGCCUGCUGGUGUCAGCAUUAGGAAUGGUGCCACCUCCUGAAAAUGUCAGAAUGAAUUCAGUUAAUUUCAGGAACAUUCUACAGUGGGAGUCUCCUGCUUUUCCCAAAGGGAAUCUGACUUUCAGAGCUCAAUACCAAAGUUAUAGGAAAUUCCAAGAUAUAUGCACAAGUACUGCCUUGACGGAAUGUGAUUUCUCAAGUAUUUCCAAAUAUGGUGACCAUACCUUGCGAGUCAGGGCUGAAUUUGAGGACGAGCAUUCAGACUGGGUAAACAUCACCUUCUGUCCUGUGGAUGACACCGUUAUUGGACCUCCCGGAUUGCAAGUAGAAGCACUUGCUAAUUCUUUACAUAUGCGUUUCUUAGCCCCCCAAAUUGAGAAUGAACCUGAAACAUGGACCAUGAGGAAUAUUUAUGACUCAUGGACUUAUAAUGUGCAAUAUUGGAAAAAUGGCUCUGAUGAAAAGUAUCCGAUUACUUGUCAAUAUGACUUUGAGGUCCUCAGAAAUCUUCAGCCAUGGACAACUUACUGUAUUCAAGUUCAAGGGUUUCUUCCUGAUCGGAACAAAACCGGGGAAUGGAGUGAGGCUGUCUGUGAGGAAACAACCAUUGACGAAACACCCUCCCCCUGGAUCGUCGCCAUUGUCCUCGCAGCCUCAGUUUGUGUGGCCUUCUUGCUUCUCCUUGGCUGCUCUGCCUUGGUGUGGUGCAUUUACAAGAAGACCAAGUACGCCUUCUCCCCAGGGAAUGCUCUUCCUCAGCACCUGAAAGAGUUUUUGGGCCACCCUCAUCACAGCAGGCUUCUGUUCUUCUCUUUCCCACCCUCUGAUGAGGAUGAAGUUUUUGACAAACUGAGUAUCAUUACGGAAGUCUCUGGAAGCAGCAAGCCUAAUCCUGGGGACGGCUGCAGCCCCAGGACCCCAUCUGGGCAGGACUCCUUCGAGCUCGUCUCUGAGGGGGGAACACACUCAGCUGGGCACAGUGACCCCCUACUUCUCACAUCUGCCUCAGACGAUGAUCAGAGCAACAAACAAGGGCCAAGACCACCUAAGCAAACCCCAAAUCUAGAACUCUCAGACGCUGGGACAACAUCUGAACAACCAAAGAGCUAGAUUUUAAAGGCUCACUUCAGGGGUUGGCCCAGUGGUGUGGCAGUUAAGUUCGCACACUCCGCUUCAGCGGCCCGGGGUUCGCGGGUUCGGAUCCAGGGCCCGGACCUGCACAUCACUCAUCAAGCCAUGCUGUGGCAGCGUCCCACAUACAAAAAAUAGAGGAGGAUGGGCACAGAUGUUAGCUCAGGGCCAAUCUUCCUCAGCAAAAAAAGAAAGAAAGGCUCACUUGGCAAAAAUACUCCAUCUUGGAACCUGGCUGCUUUAUAAAGACCUUAAAGAUUAAAAAAAAUAGUUGGCCCCUGAGAGUGUAAUUUUAGGCCUCUGAUGCUCACUGAUAUAAGGAACAAGUUUUAAUGGUGAGAAAUAAAAUGAGGAAUAAAAACUGAGAUGCUGUAAAAUCCCACCAGACGGCCGAUAGACGGAUCCAAAAAAACAGCAUCAACGCAGAAGCGGUCAGCAAACGCUGUACAGAGCGCAGACGUUUUGGAUUCUCAGGGAGACUUCCACUGGACUUAUUUUUCUACUUGCAUGUGUUUUACAUAAUGCUGGUGGUCUAUGGUUUUAUUCUCUAUUUAAUCCGUAUGUGUUAAUGAUAUUACAUUUGUGUAAUUGUCAGAUAUUGAA